CAAUCGUGCGUACGCGCACCUCGCUACAUAUAAAAACGAUCGCGUACACCAAAUUGUCAUCAGUCUCACAGCAGCGUUGAGAGGAUACACACAAACACACACAAUGUACGCCAAACUGUUCAUCCUUUGCGCCGUGGCGGUGGUAGCGCUAGCCCGCGAGUACCCAGCCGGCGUACACCCAGCAAUCUGCCCCAACUACCCAUACUGUGAUACGAAUACCCUCGCUCGAUUCACCCCUGACGGGACGCCCAUCCCUGAAUGGAUCUACAACCCUGGCAUUCUACCAGUCGCCCCUUCUGACCCCAACAACCCAGCCAGCGCUGCCGCUCGCUACCCUGCCGACUUCAACCCAGCCCUUUGCCCCAACUACCCGUACUGUUGGUGAAAAGAAAAACAAUUCAUGUCUAUGGAUAUAGGAUUAAAAAAAAACGUUCGUCGACUCUAGACUUUCUGAUAUCUGAACUUUAAUUGGAACCGAUCUCACGAAUACUAUGGUACCAAAUAUUUAGAACUCUCCUGAUGAAUUAUUUUCAAAUAUACAUUCAUCUCUCUUACUCCUUCGUGAUUAGAAAAGGCAGAAUUGCAUUCUGUUAGUUUCAAUUUGUUAUUGUGCCAUCUUCAUUGCUAGAAAGUCUGGAUUUUACGAAAUGUUAACGUGAAUUGUGUUCGACACUGCCAUAUUUGUAAAACUAUAUGUAAAUAAGUCGUGUUUCAAUUUGUUCAAGUCGAAAGCGUAUUGACAAAUCGGCAUAGAUAAAGAACCAUUUUUUUUUAAUAAAAUAAUUAAAAUUUGUACAGAAUUUUUUUCAUUCUUCUUUUAAAUCAUCAUUUUCUUGUAUUUACAAUUGUUUAGUCAUUUACUUUUCCAUCUAUGCCGAUGUUAAAUGUGUAAAAAAAUGUAAAUUGUAAAUAAAGUACAGACUUUGUAAA